CCGUUGGAGAUCUUUAAUGCAGUCUGGAAUUCUAUCAACACCUAUGUCACUUCGCACUAGCCCCAACUUUCCCAGAUAAGGUUGCGCCAUAAAUUGAUAUGUAAUGACACAGCCAAAUAUACCGAGUCUCUGAAGGUGACUAUAUAAUGUUUUCUUAGGGAGCUGAGGUUGUGAGGAUGUACAAAACUCUACUAGGAAGUGAGGGUUUCCGAAAGGGAAUUGAUCUUUAUUUUCAAAGACACGAUGAGCAAGCUGUGACCUGUGAAGACUUCUUUGCUGCUAUGCGUGAUGCAAACAAUGCAGAUUUUGCUAAUUUCUUGCAAUGGUACCCUCAAGCUGGGACGCCAGUCGUCAAAGUGACAUCCUCUUACAAUGCUGAAGCUCGUACCUUCUCUUUGAAAUUCAGGUUCUGUUCUUAUCAUUUCUAGUCUAUCUUGCCAAAUGAUUUUCUACACCAAACCUGAUGCCCUGCCAUUAAAUUUGAACCUUUAUUGAAUCUGCUGUUGCUUGCUUUGUAAAUUUGCAGUAAAGGAACUUUUAAUGAUAAGUUCGAAUCUUGGAGUAUAUUAUUUUAAUUUGACUUUUAUGGUUCUUAACUUUUAUUUUGGUGUGGCUUUUACUUUGGAAGAAAUAUCACGUAAACUUCUUGUCCUUUUUCAUCCAACUUUGAUGCACGUGAAAGCUGGUGUCAUCUUAUUAUCUCAUUGCAAAAAAAAAAUUGUUGUCAAAUUUUUUUUUUGAAACUAAUUGUUGUCAAUAUUGAAUAAGAGUACAAUUAUCAAAAUUGAAUAAGAGUAUAAUUGUA